AUGUUUCGUUGUCGUGAUGGUCUUAGUCCAGAUUUACAUGCAUUUGAAAAAAUAAGACACAUUGCAAGAGCAACUGAUGUACCUGAUACAGGAUUAUUUUAUGGUCUUCUUUGGUCUAAUCCAGAUAAAGAUACAUCAAAAUGGAGAGAAAAUGAUCGUAGUAUAUCGUUUACAUUUGGUGCGGAAGUUGUUACACGAUUUUUAACGUGA